CAGCAAUCUAUCUAUUGACGUUUCGUCAUUCAUUAAUCAUUUCUAUACCUAAAAAUUAUUAAUAUUAUUAUUACAUUUUUGUUUUUGGCAUCACAAGUAGCCUGCGAGCAAUUUACUAAUUAUUGUUGAUAAGUCGUCAUUCUAAAUUUACAAGUGUACGUUUCAAUUUUCUCAUCACUGUGCGCCUGUUUUGGAAUAGAAAAUAUCUGUACGAGGAAAAAGAGCAAAAACCAGCCUUCUAUAAUUGAGGAAUCAUCAUGUCGCAGUCGCAUUACAGCGAUGCCGAGGACUCGCUCACUGAUACUGAUAACAGCGGAUUGAGAAAAAGGAAACUCUGGGACCCUGAAACCGAGUCCAUAACUUCGGAAAUAAAAGAUCUUUUAGAUGAUGAUGUGAACUCUUUGGUAGAAGAAGACUGCAUAGGUUGUCCACUUCCUUCUACUCCUGAAGACGAGAAUGUUUUGGAUUCGGAAAUGAGUGACGUACUCAAAGCGGCGGUUUUAGCCGCCUUGUUGCCGAAAUUUUCAGGCGACGAAAUGGACAUAACGACGCUGGCGCAGAAUGCAGCGACCCAGGCGGAACAAGUGGUGAGGAAGAUGAUCGCUGUCGGAUGGAGUGUGUGUCAUUUCCAUCAUUUACCUGAUUGGUUGCAGGACAACGACUUUUUGCAAAGAGGCCACCGCCCGCCACUGCCAAGUUUUAGAGCAUGCUUCAAAAGCAUUUUUAGAAUUCACACCGAAACUGGUAAUAUAUGGACUCAUAUGCUUGGAUGUGUGGCAUUUAUAGGUAUUGCAAUUUAUUUUUUGAUGCGUCCCACUUUGGAAAUUGAAGUACAAGAGAAAAUCGUCUUUGGGGCCUUCUUUGCCGGCGCGAUUAUUUGUCUAGGUUGUUCUUUUGUGUUUCACACUGUCAACUGCCACUCGCAAUUUGUGGGGAAACUGUUUUCGAAGCUGGAUUAUUGCGGUAUAGCUUUGCUGAUUAUGGGCAGUUUUGUUCCAUGGCUUUAUUAUGGGUUCUAUUGUCAUUUUAAACCAAAGGUCAUCUAUCUGUCUGUUGUCUGCGCUCUUGGUAUUACUAGCAUAAUGGUGUCGUUGUGGGAUAAAUUUUCCGAAUCGGGAUGGAGACCUUUCCGUGCAGCCGUUUUUAUGACUUUUGGAUUGAGCGGAAUUAUCCCUGCUAUUCAUUUUGGAGUUGUGGAAGGAUGGUUUAAUCAUGUCAGUCAGAAAUCUUUGGGAUGGCUAAUACUGAUGGGAGUCCUCUACAUAGUUGGUGCAAUGCUGUACGCUCUCCGUGUCCCGGAGCGCUGGUUCCCAGGCAAAUUCGAUAUUUGGUUCCACUCUCACCAAAUCUUCCACGUGUUUGUACUAGGCGGCGCUCUAGUGCACUAUCACGGGAUUUCUGAAAUGGCCAUGCACCGAGUGACUAUCGGCCAGUGCGAAAUACCCGAUCAACUGAUUUAUUAAGACUAAUAAGAGGCAUACCUAAUAACAUCGGGAAACUAAAGAUACAUGCAUACAAAAUUUGAUAGAGGAUGGUUGGAGUUUGGUGCAGAUAGAUUAUGGAAAAAUAAAUUAAUAACUGCAAAUUUUAUACUAUUGGUUUUUGGUGAAAAAUAAAAUUACCUCUUUGAAAAUUUUGAAUUUUUCUAUUUACAGGGUUGCAAAUCUUUCUAAAUUAAAAUCAAACUGAAAGUUUCUCGUCUACCCUGUACUAGUAAUAAUAAUAAUAUUAGAGCUGGAAAAAUUAAGUAUGUAUUUAUAGAAAAAAAAUAUAAAAAAACAAAAAAUACAAAACAUAUAUUUUGCUAUUUAUACGAUAUAAAGACUUCCAAAUGCAAGGGUUGUUGUUCAAUGUUGAAAUCAUUUUGUAAUGACCCGUGUUUUUAAUUUCAAAAAAGUAUUCUACGCCCAGAGGUCGAUAGGUUUGUGAAUUGAUUCUGUUAUUAUUAUGUUUUUUGACUAUAUCAUCACUAUUUUUACAAUAAAGCAUAUUUUGGUUGAUUUUUCAUUAAAUUGGAUAUUCUAGUUGUUCAGAUUGUUGCAGUCAAAUUGUAUCAAUAAAAUGACUAUCGACUUCCAGGCAAUAAUAAUAAAUAAUAUGUGGUAAGAUGAUGUGUAGUGAUAUUAACGAAUAUAAAUAAAUUAUUUAAUGGUAAAUAUAAAUAUGUAUACUAAGUGUUAAUUCUUUCUUUGUUAUUUAAAUAAUUUACUUUAGUACCUGGUAUUUUGUUUAAUGUUCAUGAUACUACAAUUUUUCUUGUUUCAGUGCAAUUUCUCUUGAGUUCAAUUUUAGACAUAAUUAUUAUAAAUAUAAAUUAUUAGAUGGGUGUUUGCUUGGUUUUCUACUUGAAUGUUUGUUUUUCUUGCAGCGAUUUUGGAUUAACUAAAGGAAUAAAUAUUAUGGGAUCAAAAUAAUACAAAAAUAUCUACUUAUUCCUAUCAAUGACAAUGGCUUUGUUAGUCUUAAUUGGUCAUUGUCUAUAACAAUAAUAGUUAUGGCUAGCAAUAGACUAGGAUUUUGGACUAUUCCCUAUAUUAAUCCAAUUUCAAGUUAGUUUUAGAUUCUAAUUUGUAAAUAUCAUAAUUAUUAUUAAAACGCCUUUUUAAAUCGAACGCGCCAGCAAUGCAACUUUAUUUUUAACUUUUUUUUGGGUUGAAAACUGUCAGUCUGAGAUUGUUACUUGUUUUGAGAUGUCUUUUGAAAGAACCUGUCAUGUUAUCAAUAAAAAUUCUUAUCAAAA